AUGCUGCAGCUGCUGGUUCUGGUCGGGGUUCUGGUUCUCGGACUUUACCUCCUUCUCCUCGUGACCGUUCUCAGAAUGCCGAGGUGUAAAAGUGACGCGAGGUUACGCGGGAAAACUGUCAUCGUCACCGGUGAGUUCAGGAGAACCUGAGACUCUGCAGAGUCACGGAGGAAAAAUGAGAAAUAUGUGUUUGAAACAGCUGAUGAUGAUGAUGAUGAUGAUGAUGAUGAUGAUGAUGAUGAAGAGACAGGAGAGGAGAGUGUUUUUCUGUUUAGAGUCUGAACUUUAUGUUUCCACUUUAGGUUAUAAAAACAGGACCAACAGCUGACAUGAAUAAACAGUCAUGGUCUUAUUGAGGUCUGACAGCUGCUGUAAGAGCAGGAUUACCUCUGAAUAAUGCUGAGUCAGGUGUGUGGGAUCUUGUUCUCCUUCUAUGACCCACAUUAGAGGGUCACUGAAGCCGGGUCCACUUCUGUAGAAGAACCGUUAAAGGUCCAAACUCAGGGCUGUUGUUCUGGAACAGGCUGUAACUUCUGCAGCGUUACCUCAGAGUCAAACACAGCUGGUCAAAGUGCGUCUGUGGAUCAGGGGGUCAAACAGACACGGCUGUUACUCCUGAUCAAACAGAGUCCUAAAGACACCGUAUUCAAACAUGACAAAGGUCGAUCAGCUGACAUGUAAAGGUGUUCUCAGGUUAUAACAGACCACCUGUCAUCUUCAGGAGCGAACACAGGCAUCGGUAAAACCACGGCGAUGGACCUGGCGAGGAGGGGGGCGAGGGUGAUCAUGGCCUGCAGAGACAAGGGACGAGCGGAGGGCGCCAUCAAGGACAUCGUAAAGGUGAAGACAAAUACAGUCGAAGUUCAUGUCCUCGAACUCUGAAGGUUCAUGUCUGAUGUAAACGAGAAGGUCAGAUGUUAGAUCAGGUGUUCCUCUCGGCUCUCUGCCCGGUCCUCCUCACUUCAGCGUAAAACUCUCACAACACAGAAGUUCAUCUUUUUUAUGAAGUACUGAUAAAUUGAACCUCAUUUAUUUCUCUGUUAAUUUGGAGGUUACGUCUGGUGUACCUCAGGGUUAUAAGCUGGGACCUUUUUACUUAUAACAAUAUUAAAUCUCUCUGAGGAAAAGAAAGAGAAUUAACCCUCAUUUUCAGGUUGAAUUAUUCAUGUUUCAGCUCCGAUUAUCAGCCUGUUAAACCUUAUUUUAAAAUGUGAAAUUCCACAGUUAUAUUUGGUGAACCUCAGGGACAUAAACUCGGUCCUCUUCACGUCUGAAUCCAACAUCUGUGGACAGUUUGACCAAAGAUGAGCUGUUGUGUGUUGCUCUGUCGCCGUGCAAGUUUACAUUUUUUUAUCAUAGAGAGAGUAAAAAAUAAAGUAAGAAUAAAAUAAAAAUAAAGUUAAAAUAAAAUAAUAAUAAAAUAACAUAAAAACAAAGUAAAAAAAAGUGAAAAUAAAACAAAAAUAAAGUAGAAAUAAAAUAAAAAUAACGUUAAAAAUAGGAUAAAAUAAAAUUAGAAUUAAAUAAAAGUAAAAUUAAAAUUAAAUAAAAAUAAAGUAAAAAUAAAGAAGAAAUAAAAUAAUAACAUUAAAACAUAAUUAAAAUAAAGUAAAAAUAAAAAUAAAGUAAAAAUAAAAUAAAGUAAAAAUAAAAAUAAAGUAAAAAUUAAAUGAAAAUAAAAUAAAAUAAAAAUAAAGUAAAAAUAAAAUAAAGAGUGUAAUCACUAACAGGAACCUAAAACAGAGAAAAAACCCUUCCUCUGUUUUUUCAUGUUUCUAUCCCAUCUCUCUUUCCUUCGUGUUCAGGAGACCGGCAGUAACCAGGUGAUCUUCAUGCAGCUGGACCUGUCCAGUCUUCAGUCUGUUCGCUCGUUUGCCGAGAACUUCCUCCAGUCUGAGUCCAGAUUAGAUCUGCUCAUCAACAACGCCGGUGAGAUACCCUCCCUCAUGAGUGAAGGAACAGAAGGUCCUCUGUGUUCAGUGAUUUUUGGACGUGUUCGUCUGCGACAUGAAUAACAAGGUUCUCUUUGACCAACAGUUAUUAAACAGGGCGUCAUUUGACUGUUUAAUCGUGUUUCUUAUAUAAAUCUGAUGUAAGUUCUUAUCUAAAGGUCAGAACCAGAUUUCACAGCUAAUCCAGAACGUUUCUUCACCUCCUCUGACCCCACAGACUCACACUGACUUUGGUUUCUGCUCCUUUAGUUUCUUUAAUGUGAGGUUUCCUCUGAAGACAGCCUCCAGUGGACACUCCAGGUACUGCAGUUUACGACCCCCGCUGUCUCUGUCUCCAGGUAUCAUUUUGGGCGGGAAGACGGAGGACGGCUUCGGGACGAUUUUCGCCGUCAAUCACCUGGGUCACUUCCUGCUGACCGUGUUGCUCCUGGACCGGCUGAAGGCGAGCGGGCCGAGCCGGGUCGUGACGGUGUCCUCUACGGGUCACAAGGCCGGGAAGGUGGAUUUCAACUGUCUGACGACGCACAAAGACUUGAGUUUGGGCGACAACGACUUCCAGGUGUUCCAGAAAUACUGUCACAGCAAACUGUGUAACGUCCUGUUCACCGUCGAGCUCGCCAAGAGGCUGCAGGACACCGAGGUCACCUGCUACAGCCUCCAUCCAGGUACGUUCACAUCCACCCGUUAUUCAACGCCGCCACAGAGUCCACGAUCAAAUUUAACACGUUAACUCUUUCCUCUCCUCUCUGCUCAGGAGUCAUCAAAACGGAGCUCGGGCGUCACACCGGCUUCUGGUGGCGGUUUGUGGUCACGCCCCUGGUCUCCCCCUUCUUAGUGGACGCAGAGGCCGGGGCUCAGACCACGCUCCACUGCGCCCUCGAGCCGGGCAUCGAACACCUCAGCGGGCACUACUUCUCCCGCUGCGCGCCGCUGGUUAACCUGAAGGCGAGAGACGAGGCGGCCGCCAAGAAGCUGUGGGAGCUCAGCGAGAGUUUCUGCGGUCUGUCCUGA